UGCGCCCCAAACCAGUCCGACAUUGUUUGACAGUGAAACAUGAAGAUUGUAACAUGGAACAUAAACGGUAUAAGAACAUUUAAAAAUGGCAUCAAGAAAUCUCUAGAUUCAUUCGAUGCUGAUAUCAUCUGCGUCCAAGAGACAAAAGUUAAUCGUGACCUGUUGGAUGAAAAGACCGCGAUUGUCGAUGGCUACAACUCCUACUUCAGUUUUAGCAGAGGACGAAGUGGAUACUCUGGUGUUGCGACCUACUGUAAAGAUACUGGUACUCCAUUCCUGGCUGAGGAAGGAUUGACAGGUCUGCUCACCAGUCAUGGAGAGGCUAUUGGUUGCUAUGGUGACAAGGCAGCGUUUUCUAAUGAGGAGUUGCUGGCCCUAGACAACGAGGGAAGAGCUGUCAUCACCCAACAUCAAUUCAUUGGCAUUGACAGACCGGAGAAGCUGACUGUGAUUAAUGUGUACUGCCCCCGUGCUGAUCCAGACAAACCAGAGAGAAAACAGUACAAGCUCCAGUUUUACAGGCUCCUACAGAGCAGAGCUGAAGCUAUCUUGAGCACAGGGAGCCAUGUGAUCAUCUUGGGGGAUGUAAACACUUCUCAUCGACCCAUAGAUCACUGUGACCCAGAUGAUGUGGAUAACUUUGAAGAUAACCCUGGUAGGAAGUGGCUGAAUCAGUUCCUAUUUGGAACAGCAGAAAAUGGUAAUGCUGAAGAUGAAUUUGCAGACAUCUCCCAGAAAUCUGCCUCUGAAGGCAAAUUUGUGGACUCUUUUCGUCAUUUCCACCCUAAUAGGUCCAAUGCCUUCACAUGCUGGUCUACACUCACAGGUGCCAGGCAGACCAACUACGGCACACGGAUCGACUACAUCUUCUCCAACCGCUCUCUGGUGGAAACAGCUUUUAUUGGAGUGGAUAUCAUGCCUGAGGUGGAGGGAUCCGAUCACUGCCCAGUAUGGGCACAGCUCAGCUGUACCCUCCUGCCUAGUCCCAAGUACCCACCCCUGUGCACACAUCACAUGCCAGAAUUCACUGGCAGACAGCAGAAACUCUCACGCUUCUUAGUCAAAGUUUCUGAAAAACAGAACAUCUCUAAAGAAUCUGAAGAGAGACUUCCUGGAUCACAAGAUGCUGGGGAAAUACGGGAAAACCUGAAUCCUCUAGUACAUGGGGAAAAUGUUGCAAAGAAGAGACCCACAGAUAGAGAGGCAGAGACAAUUGCACACAAAGCCAAAAGAAGCAAGCUGACAAAAACAGAAAGUAAGCAAAAGGGCAGCCUUUUAGCCUUUUUUAAGCCUAAACAAACACCAAUGAACAUGAGUCCAAAACAAGCAGAAUACUCUGAUCGUGGGAGAGGUGCUGAGAGUUCAGGGUGUCAGAUCACCAAGCCUGGACCUACUGAUGAAACAGACUUCAAUGCUACCUACCACAGUGGUGUGCAAAAGGAAACGCAUCUCUCAUUGGUAACAGGAGCAAAGAUUGAAAAUCAGUAUGAAGUUGAAAAAGAAUCUAUGCCUGUAGACAAGUCAAAGGACUGUAAGAAAUGGCCGUCCUCUGGCUUUUGGAAAUCAGUUUUACAUGGGCCUCCUCAGCCGCCACUCUGCAAAUCACACAAUGAGCCCUGUGUCCUACGGACUGUAAAAAAGGCAGGGCCUAAUUUAGGCCGGCAGUUUUUUGUUUGUGCCCGUCCUCAAGGUCAUGCCUCCAAUCCUCAGGCCAGGUGCAAUUUUUUUGCCUGGGUUGAAAAGGGAAAGUAGAUUAAACUCAAAGUAAUCUGGAGACUGUUAAAUAUUUAAUUGUAUGUAUUUGCAUUAUAUGUAACAUUUUUACUGUCCUACUUGAAUGAGAAUUUUGAAAUAAUACAUUUUACUGUUGAAAUAAAGAAUGUUC